UAGCGGCGCCGCCGGUGGGGGGCUGGCGUCAUCGGCGGCAGUGGGCAGCAUGGUGCUGCCCGGGGUGGUGGCCACGGUGCUGGCCGCGGCGCUGCUGCUGGGGGGCCGUCAUGCCACCAGCACCGCCACCACCUCGGCCUCCACCGCCGCGGUGUCUCCGAGCCCGACCACCAACACCACCGCCUCCACCGCGGCCGUCACCAACACCACGGCGGCUGCGGGGACCAGCAGCAGCACAGUGCCGCCUCGGCUGCUGUUGGCCGACGACGACAUUGACGCGCACCACGACUACAUCCCGACGAGUCGGGAUCACGUCCUGUGCACGGGGCUGAGGUGCAAGGAGGGCAACGGCGGCGUGCGACCAGCGUGCGGCUACUGGGACGUCAACAAGUCGUACUUUCUGUUCGACAGCUUGUGCGACAUGCUCUACUUCAGCUGCAUGACGGAACGCAAUUACGCCCAGGUGACCCUUACCUUGUGCACGGAGGGCGACCAAACGUCCACGGCUGGCCGGCAGACCACAAGGCCACUGAAAAGCAGCACGUCGACUUACGGCGUGCCGACGACAGCCAGCCCUAGUAGUCCGUCGCUCUCCUGGACAGGCGCGCAGUGGACGACCCAGAGGCCGAGUCACGCACCCCACCCGUACCCUUCCCCGCCCUCCUCUCCACUUCCUGUUCUCACUUUCCCCCCACUCCCUACUCACCCCGAAUGGUCACCACCGUGGCAGCACACGUCGGUACAGCCCACUACCCUAUACAACCUUCCACCCCCG